UAUAAGGGCCGCUUUUCAUAUCCAAGACCAAACACGCAUCUUCCCUCCUGAUACUACGCAAACCAGCACCUCAGAGCAACUCAACUCUCAACCUCACAAAUGAUGUCUGGAGCUCCGGGACUGGUCUUCUGCCUGCUGUGCCUCCUGUCCGUCUGCACGGCCUGCUACAUCUCCAACUGCCCCAUCGGGGGCAAGAGAGCCCUGCAGGACCUGCCCAGGAAGUGCUUGUCCUGUGGACCCGGGGACAGAGGUCGCUGCUUCGGCCCCAGCAUCUGCUGCGGGGAGGGGAUGGGCUGCUACCUGGGCUCCCCCGAGACCACGCGCUGCCUGGAGGAGAACUUCCUGCCCUCCCCCUGCGAGGCCGGUGGCCGAGCCUGCGGCUCAGAGGAGGGACGUUGCGCCGCCCCGGGCAUCUGCUGUGACUCAGAGGGCUGUGCCGUCGACCAAUCCUGUCUGGAUGCCGAUGAUGAGGACACUCCUCUUAACCAAUCGGAAAGCAGCAAGGACCUCCUGAUGAAGCUCCUUCAUAUCAGCGGGCAGACCCACCCAUUUAGACUCCACCAAUGAGCAUCGUCCGAGCUCACCAGGAAAUGUCUUAAGCAAUGAAGAUGUGUCGAGAAAACAAUGACCACAUCAGUCAAAGACUAAUCAUUCACAUGUACAUACAGACAUUUUGUACAGCAAAUAGAUAUCAAUAGAUGUAUGACAAGACAGAGAUACUGUAUUGUACUGUAAUAGUGCUUUCUGGAGUUGAAUAAACAAGAUGAAUAAAGUAAUAUGAAAAAAA